GACAGCUGUAAAGUAAAUAUGGCUGAAGAAAGCUUGAUUGAAGGCGAAGAUGAAAACAUUUUAUAUGAUUUACUUGUUAUUACUGAAUGGCCGCCCGAAACUGACACACAGAUACGGGGCAACAAGGAGCACAACACCUCUCUAAUUGCAAAAGCUGUGACAGGACCGUUCCGCUUAAUACUUCACUAUUUGUUUCAUAGUCCCUCCAGCUCCACUCUGCCUCACGGUCUCGUACGACUGGCAAACAAGCAGAUCAGCUGGCAACUGGUGCCUUCAAGUAACGGCAAACUGCUGGCAGUGGUUCAAGACCAGUGUGUGGAAAUCAGGUCUGUGAGAGAUGACUUUGGCUCAGUCAUUGGGAAAUGCCAGGUGCCAAAGGACCCAAAUCCCCAGUGGCGAAGAGUGGCGUGGACCUACGAUUGGACUUUGUUGGCGUAUGCUGACAGCACUGGGACCGUGCGCCUUUUUGACCUCAUGGGCAGCGAACUUUUUGUGAUCCAACCGGUGGCGAGUUUUCCAGGAGACUUCAGUUGUGCAGUUGCAGGCCUGAUCUUCUUGGAGUACACCACCAGUGCUCAGUGGUCUGCUGAGCUUCUUGUGAUCACACAUGGUGGUGGGCUCAAGAGCUAUCUAGUAAGCGUGGGAACCAAUCAGAACUUUCAGGAGAACCACACCUUCACCUUCUCUAGCCACUACUCCCAUGGGAUCACGUCAGCUGUCUACCACCCAGGCCACCGAUUGCUGCUGGUGGGGGGCUGCGAACCGGGCGACGAUAGCGCAUCUAAGGCCUGUUGCAGUGGCAUCACAGCCUGGAGGGUGCUUUCUGGCUCGCCGUACUACAAGCAGGUCACCAACUAUGAAGAUGACAUCCAUCCAAAUCAGAAGAGAGGUUUCUUCAAGAUUCCCAGCUUUAGAUUUUUUUCCAGACAAGGAGAUGAAAAGGAAGGUGUAUUUCGGAUGAGUCUGAGCCCCGAUGGCUCUCUGCUUGCCGUCAUCCACUUCUCCGGACGUUUGUCUCUCUGGGACGUCCCCUCCCUUCAACAGAAGUCCACAUGGAGCCAAGACCAACAGCCAGGAUUUGAGGAGAUCAACCCGGAGUGGAAGACAUCACUGGAGAGAAGGAAGAAAAUAAAAGAUAAGGAGCAGUACUACCCACUGGUGGAUGUGAGCUGGUGGAGUGACAGUGUGCUGAUUCUGGCUCGCUGCUCCGGCUCGGUCACCGUCUCAUCCGUCAGGACAUUGCGCAAUCUUCUGGGGAAAUCCUGCGAGUGGUUUGAGCCGUCACCCCGAGUCACAGCCGCACACGAUGGGGGCUUCCUCAGCCUGGAGUGCGAGGUCAGACUUGCUCAGAAGCGCGUGCGCCUGGAGAGCAAUGUCAGCAGUGGGGCCGGCGAGGAUGAGGAGGGAGAUGACGGAGGAGACUCGGACUCGGACGAAGAGUCCUCAGCCAAAGCCCGCUACUUCGGCUACGCCAAGCAGGGGCUGUAUUAUGUGACAGAAAUGGAAAGGUUCGCUCCACAGCGCAAACGCCCGCGCACUGUCAUCAAGAACUACCGACUGGUCAGCCUCAGGUCAACCACACCAGAGGAGCUGUACCAGAGGAAGAUCGACAACGAGGAAUAUGGUGAAGCGCUGUCUCUUGCCCACGCAUAUAAUUUGGACUCUGACCUAGUCUACCAGAGACAGUGGAGGAAGAGUACAGUCAGCAUCGCCUCAAUACAAGAUUAUCUGAGCAAGAUCCGUAAGCGCUCGUGGGUGUUACACGAGUGUGUGGAGCGCGUCCCAGAGAAUGUGGAUGCAGCCAAAGAGCUGUUGCAGUACGGCCUUAAGGGAACUGACAUCGAAGCCUUGAUAGCCAUAGGAAACAGAGAAGAUGGUGGCAGGUUCAUCAUGCCAGGUGACGUGGACCUUGAUGAUUUUCCUUAUGAAGACAUCCUGCCAGAUGAUGAGGAGCUGGAGAUGAAGAAGGAGAAGGAGAAGAAGAAGAGAUGUGAGCUGCUCGCCAAGGUCGACUUCAGCAGGCUGACUCUGGAGCAGAAGGAACUGUGCCGGAGCCGACUGAAACUGCUCUCCUACCUGGACCGGCUGGCGACAUAUGAGGAGAUACUCGGCGGUCCUCAUGCAGCGGAGGAGAAAUUUGAUGCGGAGUUCUUUAAAAAGUUUCGAAGUCAAAAUAUUGUUUUGUCAGCAAGAAACUACGCCAGGGAGAGUAAUGUGCAGGCUCUGGAUAUUCUCUUCACGUAUCAUGGAGCAGAACUACUUCAGCAUCGACUGGCUAUCCUUUACAACUUCCCAGAAACCACCUCUCCACAUGAGUAUACCAUCUUGCUGCCUGAAGCCUGUCUGGAUGACGAAGGAGAGUUGGCGCUGAUUGCGUGGGAUGAGCAGAGACACAGGGAGAUGGACUGGUGCGAAGCAGACGAGUGCAGAGUGGGCCUGGACCAGAGCUUGUCAGAAGAUGAUUGUCUCCUGUAUGAAGAGUCUCCAGAUCUGCUGAGGUUCCGUACAGCUACACCUUCCAUCGAGCUCCUCACCGACUGGUACCAGAGCAGAACUCAGGACAUUGAGUCCUGCUCCAGACAGGUGGAUUGUGCCCUGUCACUGGUGCGGCUCGGGAAGGAGCGAGAGAUCCCGGGGCUUGGCCUCCUGUGUGAUGACUUGAUCACCAUGGAAACGCUAGUGUAUGAGACAUCAUGUGACUUGAGUCUCACACUUAAAGAAUUCCAGCAGCUCGGCGACAUCGACAAACUCCAUCUGCUUAUGAAAAAUUCCAGCACUGAGCGCUAUGUGAAAGAUGCAUUCCAGUGGAUGGUGCCGUUCCUACACCGCUGUGAGGGACGGACAGAGGGUGCUGCUAGAUCUCUGCUCGCCGAAUACCUGGUCAGCCUGGGCCAGCGUGACCUCAACCUGCCCCUCAUCAUUUUCCAGCACUCCAAACCUGAUUGCCAGCAGAAGAUCAUUGGGGACCCAGACCAGCUGAUGGAGGUUGCUUUGGAUUGCAUCUACCGCUCUGAGAGGGAUGACCAGCUCAGCCUUUGUUAUGACACCCUGGAGUGUCUACCACAAAGGGGCUAUGGACCAGAGACCGACAUCACUGCCUCGCUUCAUGACCAAGUGGACAAACUCGAGAAGCACCUCAGUGUGGUGGAGGUUCUGGAGAAACAUGGUCUACAGAAGCCCAUCUCAUACGUGAGGAACAGCCAGAACAGUGAAGAGGAGGCCCACCACCUGAUGGUUAAGCUGUGCCGCCACACUGGCCGGAAAAACCCUCCAGUGAGUGAGACGGUGUGGAGGGGUUUGCUGCAGGACCUGCUUGAUAUGCAGCAGAAUGUUUACACUUGUCUCAAACCUGAGACGUGUCAUCAGGUUUUCGUGGAGUCCCUGCUGUGCUCAAGCCGUGUGGAGAACAUACGCCUGGCAGGGCAGCUCAUGCAUUGCUCCAAGGUCAGCCAGGAUGUUCCUGUCAGCCUGUCUUUCCGGGGAAAGGGUUACGCUUUGAGGGUGGCCUAUGACAACAGCGUGGAAUUAGUGCUCGCCGCUGCAAGGGAGUACUUCAACUCCUCGACAGCGUUAAUGGACCCCUGCAUGGGUUUGGCCAGGGCUUGCCUCCAGCUGAUUACAGACUGUCCUCCGAGCAUUCAGGAGGAGCUGGACCUCAUCAGUGCCCUCAGCCAGUUGGAAGACUUUGAUGCUCGUAUUCUACCUCUGCAAGUGCGCCUGCGAUCAGACCGUCUCUCUCUGAUAGAGGAGUGCAUCGCCCACUGCUCCACAGCUUACAAGCAGUCCACCACUCUACUCAACCUGGCUUCCCUUCUCCGAGUGUCAGGAGAUGACGAGGCGAAGCGAAAAGGCCAGGUGUUGACGCUGCUGGGGGAGCAAGCUCUCCAAGUUCUGGACUUCAAGGCUUCAUACAUCCACUGUCAGGACCUCAUGGCUGCAGGUUACGGUCCAGCAUGGGAGGUGUGCAGUCUGCUCGGUCAGUGCGAGGGUUAUGAAGACCUGGAGGCGCGACAGGAGCUUUUAGCCUUCUCGCUUACACACUGUCCCCCUGACAGCAUACACGGGCUCCUGGUUGCCUCGAGUGACCUGCAAACGCAGGUGUUGUAUCAGGCCGUUAACUAUCAAAUGGAGCCUGUCGUCGCAGAGACCGACCAGGUGGCCAACGAGACUGAUGCUCUGCAGGCUUCAACAACCACUCUGGGCUCUCCUGUGGGAAAAGCAGGGAAACUGCUGCACAGAACCACGGCCAAGACCAUGGAGGUGCUGACCACAACGGGACACACCACCAAGGCUGUGCUGACUGCAGUGAGUGACCAUCGCUGGUGGAAGGAAUCGCUCAGCUACCUCCGGCCGCUGCAUGGUCAGGAUGCGGGAGCCACUAGCCGGGAAGCGUUGUCUCAGAACUCCAACCUGGAGCGGCAAGGCUGCAGCCCCUUUUAUCAGGAACUCAUUGAGGAUCCUUAUGCAGACCCGAGUCAAGAUGUAUACUCAUUCUACAAAGAGUUGCCUCAGGAAAACUUUGCUGAGGUUUUGCUCAGGACUGGGAAGCUGGCUGAAGCGAAAACCGAAGGAAAUACCCUCUUUCCUGCUACAGAAGUUUUGCUACAGCUGGCCAAUGAUGCAUUUCCCAGGGACAUGAUGCUGGCUCUGUCCUACUUACUGGCCUUGCCUCAGGUCUUAGAUGCCAACAGGUGUUUUGAGAAGCAGUGCCACUCAGCCUUGUCCCUCCAGCUGGCUGCGUAUUACUACUCCCUGCAGAUCUACUCACGCCUUCUACCCUGCUUCAAAGACAAGAAUCACACGCUGUACCAGGCUGACCCAAAGGAGCUCAUCCGGCUGGUUACACAGCACGUGUCGUCGUAUUCGGACUGGCCAGAGGAGCUGCAGAAGUUGAUCAGUCAGCUGUAUGUGUACAACGAGCGCCUGACAGACUUCACCCAAGCCCAGGUGCUGCAGGAUUUGGGCCGUGGAGUAGACGUCCAGCGCUUCAGCUGUGAUUCUGAUUACAAGAAGGCGACUAUCCUUGGCCUCACUGAGACGUUGGAUGAUGGCGUGUAUAGAAUCGCUGUGUCUCUGGCGAGGCGAUACAGCAUCCCUCUCUGGGAGGUCUACAUGACUCACCUCGAGUUUCUCUUUACAGAUAGCGGUCUAUCCACCAAAGACAUUGAAACCCGGAGCGACUCCCUCGGCCUGUUUGAGACUUUGAAAUGCGACCCGGAGGCCUUUUAUAGCCACAUGACCAAAUAUGUUUUUCCCACUGUGGAGGGAACGGACCUUGGCCGCUUGCUCUACUACCACACCUUACUAGAUGCUGCGGGAUGCGAGCCCUACGUCACCUCCGCCAUCAAGCCAGACUCUCAUGUUAAACUACUGAAGAAGCUUCGAGCUGUUGCCAAUGGUGUGAACUACAGAAAGCUCACCGAUGAAUCCUCUGAUCCUUUGGCCACUCUGCAACCAGUUCUGACCAGUCAGAAUGUGCUGUCCAUUUCCAAACUUGCCAAUCGCCUGCCUUUGCCCGGUGGCGGAGGAGCAACCGCCUCCCCCAGUGCAGUCCACGCAGUAUGGCUGCAGAAAGUGUUUUGGAAAGGAGACCCACAGCUGCUGAAGAGACCGCCGCAGAGCAACCAGGACUACCUGCAUGCUUACGACACCUGCGCCAAAUACUUCGACCGAAUCGUGCCAGCUGAUGCCAUCCACUUCCUGGAUAGUAUUACCUUCACUUCUGAUGCAGCCGAAAAUCUGAGCAUUCAAGUGAGGUUGGAGGUGAUAAAGCGAGCCACCAAAGCCCUGCGCCAGCUGGGCGAAAAGAGCAGGAAGAUGGGACGCGAUGGCGACGGAGAGCGGGAAGGGAUGGACCCAGCAGGAAUGACUUUUGAUGAGGCCCUGGUGCACCUGCAGCAAUCACAGGCUCACCUGGACACCCUAAGUCAUGCCUUCAUUCUGUCACUCAAAGACAGCCAGCAGGAAAAUCUGCAGCGCUACAGUCAACUCUAUGAUUUGUCUCGUUCUGAGAGGUCAAAGAUUUGCGAGUUAGCUGUAGCCAUGGCAACGGACGGACAGCCUUUGGAGCAGAUUAGAGAGCUUCUGCGUGUGGCUGUCGGACCCCUCGACUUGUCGGUCAAAACUGUUCUCGAAGAGGCCGUUAAGGGAGUUGUGGUCGCUCUCAGCGGGGACCCAGUCGCCCUGACAAAUUACUCGCAACCCCUCCGGGUCCUGGAGACCGUGGUGUCGGCUGUGCACAACAAUGUGCAGAGUGGUGACAGUGCUGUGACUUCAGAUGAUCUACUGGCUUGGCUGCGUCCGUUUUGCAGCGAUGCCUCUCUGCCUGUGCGGCCUCGAAUUGAUGUACUGCAGAUCCUGGAAAGCAACUUCAGUCUUCGAGACAGCGAUGUCCGUCUUCUGCUGCUAUAUAGAACUCGAGCGGUCCUCAAAGACACAGAGGUCCAGAUAGAAGAUGUGGAGGAUGAGGACAAAAGGUACGCGCUUUUCCUUGAAAUGUUGGAUGCAGCACAGAAGUGGGAGGACUUUCAGCAGCUCAUGCUUCUCUUACAAGCAUGGCCACCUAUGAUGAAGGAAGAAGUGGCGGAGUCGGAGCGCAACCCCUGGGUGCUCCUGACCUCAACGCUGCUAUCCCGCUGCCAGACGUCAGAGGUUGGAUUAGACCUGGGUCAUCAGGUUGUUGCCAUGGUGAGGUCCCUGUAUAAGAGCAAGCACAAGCUUCAUGUGCAGUGUAUACGGCACAUUGCAAACCUGCUGCUCCAAAACCAGCCGAGCCUCCAGCAACCCGCCCUCAAGCUGAUGUCAGAGAGCGGCGACGAGCAGCUGCUGCAGCUGGCUCUGGGUCGGAUCAACGGCAUGAGCGCAGAGACGGCCGCCUCCUGCGAUGAUGAGCUGCUUUCGUUACUCCUGGAUGCAAACCUCUUGGUGGGAUGCAUCUCGUCAGCGCUGUACCCCGUACUCAGCGCCCACAUGCUGUCCCACCAGCAGGAGGGCGGCUGGGACGUGGAGAAGGCUGCCGCGGAGCUGGUGGCGGCAGGACACGGACCCGAGGCAGGUUCCCUGCUACUGGCUCACCGUGGGACCCACCAGGGCCAGUUCACCUUCAACUCUGCUUUGGCCGUUCUCAGGAAGUGGCUGUGAUGGGAGGUGGGAGGAAGAGGCAGGGGCGCGGGAGAGCAAGCAGCAAUCAAGGACACGUUGAGAGAGGAUCAAGAUAUGAAGAAAAUAUUGUCAAGCCACAAUAGAAGUUAAAUCAGUCCAUAUUUUUUGCAUUUUGUUCUGUAAUCAGGUUUAGAGCUCACCACAGAAGAUAUGUCAACAGCAAACGGCAGCGUGUGCCUUGAAGCUGUAAGAUGUGACACGUUUAAUGCUGAAACAUCUGCUCUAUUAGGAGCACACACACACAAAUGCACAAACAUAACCUCCGCUGUCACUCACUCAUGAAUGGAUGUUCAGACAGAGGGCUAAUCAGAAGCUGCACGGGCUGCUUGCAUUUAUUUUCUAUGUGCCCUGAGUCCUAUUGUGUGAUAAAGUAAUUGAGCAGUAGCCGGGAAGCGGUGGGUGGAUAUUAGCCUAUUGUUCCAUGACAGGUUUGCCUCUUUAACGUCCCCUCGUUUAACGCCCUGCCUCUGCGUCAUUGUUUCUCCCCAAUAAUAUCUAAUUAAUUCCUGCUAAACAAAUUAGCCCCACAGCUGCCACGCGCCCUAUGUGUGUGUGAGUGAGGAACAAACAUGUAUUCUUGUGUUUAUGUGCAACUUGAUGCUGUCAGCAUGUUUUUGUUCCAGCUAAAUCAAUGGAAGACUAAAUCGUGGUUUUUUGUCUUUCCCACCUUUCAAACCUGUAAUAAAGACCAAUCUUAUGAUUCAUUAUGUUUUCAUU